AUGGGGGAUGGGAUCACCUCCUCCGCGUAUGACCUAGCUUCCCCUUCCCUUCCGUCUUCUGCCAAAGUCGAACGAGUCCUCCCAAGCCCCAGGGACUUUCUUACCUCCAUCCUCCUCGAUUCUCGACAACCCUGGCAAGAAUGCUGCCCUCCUCCGGAGACCUGGGCUCGGGGGUCGGCCGGAGACUGCAAGGCUGCAGACCUUCUGUAUUCUGGCUCUUUCCUAGGAGCACACAGACUUGCAGCAACAGAAGCGGACCUCCUGGUUCUCGCCACACCGGGUCAGAGUAAGAGAGCUGUCAGCUGGACUGUUUGUGACCUUUCCUCGUGGACGCGGCCUCCCACCGGGGGCCAGUCGGUGGGCCUGCUGCCUUCGUCCCUCGGCCCGCCCGUGGGGACGCUCCUGGGAGCUGCAUGUGACAGGCGAGUCACGGAAGCCGGGGGGCCAGAGCUGGGACGCACGGGGUCGCAGGAGGAGAGCGAGAGCACCGUGUGGGGUCCUGAGCCUGCAGAAAGGAGCCGCCUAAUGUCAAAGGCAGGAACCCACCAUCCUCCGUCCACUUGGCCUAAGUGUGCAAGCAGGAAAAAUACAGGGAGGGACACACGGGCCUCAGCCACGUUCUACCUACAUCCCUUGGGAGUGACCUGGGUGCUCCCCCCGAACACCCCGCUGGAGACACUUCACCGAAGGUGGGACAGUGGCAUCCUGGCUGGCACACGGCAGCCCUAGUGGGACAGGUGGCGGAGGCCCCACAGCGCUACCUCUCGUUCACUCUGCCCUCGGGCCUGCCCUCCCCUGCUCCGGCUUCUCCCUGCAGGGCUCGGGAGAUGGAGCUCUGUCUGUCGGUCCGGCACCAGCUUGUCAUGGGUCCCGAGCCCUGCGGCCCAUGGCCCCGUCCCCAGGAACCCUCUCUCAAUGGCACCAAAUUCGUCCAGAUUACAUCCGCUCCAGUCACAACCAGAUUAAACUGCUUGAUGGGCACGGUUUGUGUUUUUUUUUUUUUUUAAAGAUUUUGUAUUUAAGCAGUCU